AUGGACAACAACCAUUCUACAAUGGAUGCCAAGACAAUAGUUACGGUGGACCUUCUCGUGACAACCAACCCUCACCAGUAUACUACAGUCAAGAGCCAUUCCGAGAAAGGAAAAGAGGGAGCCUCCGUCGUUUCGCCACCGUUCAGCCCAUCACCGCUGCCAUGUUGCCACCGAGCCGCGGGUCACGAUGGGAAGAGAGAAAGAGAGGCGCGCAGAGUUCAAAAGGAGAGAGAGAGGCCGAACGCGAGGGGGGAGGGAACCCUCAUCGUUGCCGUUCGUGGAGUCUGCGCCAGCACUGUCGUCGCUGUAGCGGAGGAGCGUCCCUGUCUCUGCGAGCUGCCGCCAUCAAAGCUUCUACUUCUGCUUUGUUGCUUCUGCUGUCACGCCGUCGUCCCUCUAGAUAUCGCUGCUUCUAAAUUCCCUGUCACUAGUUCUCUGCUUCUGAAUCCCCUGUCACUGGUUCUCUGCCUCCUCAUUGUGGCUCAACCUCUGUUUAGACAGUGUUAUGUUAGUAAGGGGUUGCUUGGAUGUCUUGGACUUUUUAAUAUUCUUAUUUUAAUUCCAAUUGCCUUCAUACUCAAUUUCACCAAACUGGAACCUUUUCAUACACUUACCCUGAAGCAGCUUGGUCUGAUCAUUGGCAAAGGCCAGCGUGGAAGGAAGCUUGUGCUACUCUUCAAAAGCUCCUUUCAGGUAGGUUCUUUCAACCAAAGCACUCUAGCUUCUCAAGCAAAGAACAUGAACUUUUAUAGCAUGAAGUAUAUAUUGUCUUUAAAUUCGCCAGACAAGAUAAAGAUCAGAUUUAAGAUUCUUUCUAAUUCUUUAUGUGGAGCAGUUACCAUUAAAGCCAAGAGAGUCCACUCGAGCUGGGUUACCACACCAACUUUGUUGAAGAAAAAUGAAGAAAUUGUCACCCUUAGGCUAUAGUAUUUUUGUAUUUUGAAAAAUGAUGAUGAUAUAAGUAAAAGUAGUUAUGACCUAGACUAGUAUUAUGUUAUUUUGCAAUGAUGAUAUAUUGUGAUUGUGGAUCUUAUAACAAUUUUUAUAAGUCAAAUUUGUUGGUAAAUGUUCAAUUAGUUUUCUUUAGUAA